CCGCGUGGGCGUGGGCGAUGGGUCCCGGGGGCGUGGCCGAGGGCUUCCUCCCUGGUGGGCGUUACCGACGCUUCCCGGUGGGCGUGACAGAUGUCUGCGAGGGCGGGGUCUGGCCCGUGGCGUCGGGCGGGCGGAGCUGAGUGGGAGGCCGGGGAGGCACAGUGCCCGCCUCCCGCCGCGGAAAGCUGGGACUCGCAGUUGUUCCCGCGCGGUGUUGGGUUCUUCUCUCCGGGAGCGCCUUCUCCGGUGUCCCGGAGCCGCCAUGGGCUCCCCGCACUGGUGGGACCAGCUUCGGGCAGGCAGCUCGGAGGUGGACUGGUGCGAGGACAACUACAGCAUCGUACCCGCCAUCGCCGAGUUCUACAACACGGAAUUGGAUCUGUCUACUUCCAUGCGACCCUUAGUUUCCUGGGUCAGAUGCUUGAUGAACUUGCCAUCCUUUGGGUUCUAAUGUGUGCGCUGGCCAUGUGGUUCCCCAGAAGGUAUCUCCCGAAGGUCUUCCGGAAUGACAGGGGCAGGUUCAAGGCAGUGGUCUGCAUCCUGUCUGCGGUUACGACCUGCCUGGCGUUUGUCAAGCCUGCCAUCAACAACAUCUCCUUGAUGACACUGGGAGUUCCAUGUACCGCGCUGCUCGUGGCGGAGCUGAAGAGGUGUGACAAUGUGCGUGUGUUUAAGCUGGGCCUCUUCUCUGGCCUCUGGUGGACCCUGGCCCUCUUCUGCUGGAUCAGUGACCGGGCCUUCUGUGAGCUACUGUCGUCCUUCCACUUCCCGUACCUGCACUGUGUGUGGCACAUCCUCAUCUGCCUGGCUGCCUACCUGGGCUGCGUGUGCUUUGCCUACUUCGAUGCUGCCUCCGAGAUCCCCGAGCAAGGCCCUGUCAUCAAGUUCUGGCCCAGUGAGAAGUGGGCCUUCAUCGGCAUCCCCUAUGUGUCCCUCCUGUGUGCCAACAAGAAGUCGCCAGUCAAGAUCACAUGACGUGGGUGGCUCAGCUCCCGAGUGUUUCCCUCAUGCCCUGAGCUUCUUUCACUAGCAGAGGCAGCCAGGGGUUCUGCGGAUUGCUGUGGGUGUCCUUUUACAUCUCUGUUCCUUUGGGCUCUAAGUAGUGCGUCACCUCGCCUCGCCAUGCUGGGGACAAAGGGGUGUCUCUCCCCACUACUGCAAGACAGAGGACUUAGGGACUCGCUGUGUCUCUCACUGUCGCUUCCACAUGUCUCGCUUACUGGGCUUCAUCUGUGUGGCCCAGCAGAGCAGUCUUGGGGACCCAGGGCUGCCAGCACCUCUUCUUGGAGAGCCGGCUGCUCAGACCCCCGUCCUGGGCUUGCUGGCGUCUGCUCCGCGAACCCCUCUGCCCACUGGCAGUAGUGGUGGGAGAUUUUCACUGGGGAAACUGUCCUGCCAAAGCUGGCACCUGAAGCACAUGCAGGGCGAGAUAAGGAGGCUAGUUUUUAUGUGCACCCCUCAGCCCACCCAGGCAUUGCAUGAUUUGUGCAUCUUUUGACCUCUACCUCUGCUGAGAGAUGGAGAUUAACUUCCGAGAGGUGGGCCGAUGAGGAAAGCCCUCUGCCAGACACUACUCCACUUCAGCCCAUUCUUGAAGAUGAGCACAACUUUUAAGGUUGACAUUGUUUCCCCACGAAACCCUGGCCCCAUUCACAGCCUCAGAUACACAGAGAACAGCUGUGGUAUGAGCUUCCUUCCAUAGCCUGCCCUUAUGCUGGGCCCCACAACCCCGAAUCCCUGCAGUUUGGUUGGGGGCUCUGGCCUGAACUUUGGAGCAAACAUAGAAGUUUGUUUUUUUAAUUUUUUUCAUAUUUGACACCUCCAGAAUACUGUACUGUUCUGGAAAUUACCCUCAAGAACUCAACUCGCUGGGCACAGCGGUUUAUGGGUGUGACCCCUGCUGUUCGGGAGGCCGAGUUAGUAGCCAACCUGGGCUGCUUCAGCAAGGCCCCAGCUCAAAAAAAAAGGGCUGGAGGUGUGGCUCAGUGGUAAGGGGUACCUGGUUUCCAUUCCUGAUACUGGAAAAAAAAAAACCAAAGAGAAAAAGGAAAAGGUCUCACUUUUAGUGCAAUUUCCUGCCCAGUGGCUUCGCGCUCUCACAGUGCGGCGCUUCCGUUUCCUCAGCGCUGCUGCUCAGAUGCAGCAAAGCACGCACUGAUCAGCCGGCCCAGGCACUGGUGCAGUGGGGCAGUUCUUGCCUUCUGAGUUUUUCUCACCUCGCCUGACGUUGGCUGCAGUGUCUUGCCUGGACUGUAACGGGAGGCCCCAAGGCUGUCUUCAGGGUGUGAGGAGGGAAUACCGACCUCAGGGAUACUGCUUUUAAUGCCGGCAUCUCCUGCUUCUCCACAUUCCACUGUUACAGUAAAGCGGACCCACUGCCCUCCUGCCCUUCCUGAGGGGCUGGGGUUCUGACCCUGUCCUAAGUGUCUAGAGUUGGGAAGUAGCAUUCUCGUGCCCAGGACUCAGUCUCUUUAGAGAUUACACAGGAUCCGAAGUGAAAAGGCCAAUCAGCAGCUGAAUUUAGUUUAAAAAUGAAGGACUUUAUUCAACUUUGGUGAUUUUCAGAUUUCCUAAAUAACUCACUAGGCUAUUUCCUUUUUUUUCUUGUAGCAAGAAAUGUUUAUGGAAUGCCAAUGUGUGAAAUAAAUUAAUUUUAUCAACUUAAAUUUAUAGCAUCUAUUUCAUACAUAAGGCAGUAAAAAUGGAAAUUAACAAAUUGGUGAUCUCCCAGAUAGAAAAAUAUGAUAUUAAAUGCAUGCACAUGUUGCUUUAUUAUAGCUUAAAAUAUAUACUUUAAAAUGAUUUUGGAUAGAAUAUAUGUGGAACUUCUAAUGUACCUUGCUGAGACCUAGUGAUUCAUGGAAUAGAACUGCUAUUAAGUCCUUUGGGUUUCAAGUCUAGAAUUUUAAAAAGGGAAAUACCAGAUCAUGUUCAUUUCAGUUGGCUUUACCAGGCAUGAAUUCUAGUCUUAUCUAUUCCGCAGUAUAAAAAUGCGCUAAGGUAGUGGGUUUGGUGUAUUUUCAGCCCAGCUGACUUAGAAUGGAAGCAGGGGUAAGUGAAAGCAGAAGGCAGGAAGUGCACCAUUUAAUUCAUCUGGGGCUCUGAGUGACAGUACUGUCCUUACAGUCAUGGAGGAGCCGCUUCUCCUUAUCAGGAAAGGACUUACUCCUUGAGGCUCUACUGAUACCUCUGCCUCCAGCCUUUAGCAAUAGGGAUGAAAUGUUACCAAUGGGCAGAUCUGAGUGGACCUGAAAGGAAGGAAAUAAAUCCCUGAUUCACUGGGCCAUUUUUAUCCCUCUUCUACAGAAAAAAUGCCAAAGUUAAGAUAUCAGACAAAUGGUUUUUAUGUGAAAAGCAUUGUGCCUUUCUAGAGAUUCAGUCCAAAGAGAUGAGAGCUGAAAAAAAAAUGGAAUGGAGUAUGUCUGAGGAGGACAGAACAUUACUCUUGCACAGAAAUCACUGUAGCUUGCCAGCAGGGGACAGUAAAUCAAGAGAAUAGAAGUAUACUAAUCUUACUUUAAGUUGGAUUAGGGGACAUUCAUAUUUAUAUCAAUGAACUACAUGGUCUUUAAAGAAAUUUGGGAAAUGAUAAAAAGAAGAAAAAACCUAUUUCUAUCACCUAAAUACAGCCAUUGUUAGAAUUUUGAUAUUGGAUGUGUUUCCUUAUUUUCAUCUUUUUUCCCACUAAUAUAGUUGUACAUAAAUGUCUUUGAGCUUUGACAGUUUAUUCUGUAUUUUUUUUUUUUUGGUACCGGGGAUUGAACUCGGGGCCUUGCACUCACAAGGCAGGUGGCAGAACCACUGAGCUAAAUCCGCAGCCCUAUUCUCUGUCUUUGAAAUGUGAAUGCCAGUUGUGUGUUUUUCAGAGGAGGUGUACCAUACACCAGGGUUAGUUGCACAUGUGAGUGCUGAUCACUGCAUUCUGAGACAACCACUGGAUCUUCCUUCUUAAUCAGCCCAAGUGGCUGGGCCUCAAGAAGUGACAAACUGAAAUCUCCAUUUUGUUAUACUUCUGCCCUUGGAUUGAGGAGCUCAGAUUUUGAUGUGCUCAGAUUUUUUAAAAUGAAUAGCUUAUUUCAUUAAUUGAUAUGUAAUCAAGAAUCUCCAUCCUUUCUGCCCAGUAGGAAGAAGUUUAGGAGUGAGGUUACGGUCAUGGUUACUCAGCGAGGCUGCUGAGUUUUGUUCUGGUUAGAAUUUACCUGGCUCCUUAUCCAGAGAGAACUGGGUUUAUGAUGUAAAAGGGAUCUUUUACAUCUUUAUGGUGUUAGUAAGGGAUCUCUUAUGUCAGUGACUCUUGUUUCACACUGUCUGAUUGAUUACUUCCCCCCUUCACGGUGGUAUUACCACACAGUGAGUGCUUCAGGGAACAUAUUUAAGUGUGGGGAUGAGACAUCUGCACCUUAGGAGAAUGGCUACCUUUUGAGGGAACUCUGCUGUCCAACAGAGAGUGCCUAAAACACUGAUUAUACACCAGUGUGCUAUGCCGUGUGCUAUGCCGGGGGCUUGCUGGUUAUCAAGUGCAGGUGUAGUGAAAAUACCCUCCUACUCUGUUCAUUGGAUUUCUCAGGUGUGUACAGAUUUCUCACCAGGUCCUCAUGCUUCCCUGAGCCUGGGCCAUGUUGGAAACUCCGGGACUGGGAUUUGCACCUUCCCCUUGGGGCAUCAUCAUUAUUUUCAUUAUUAUUAAACUUUAAUAUAAAAUAUUUUUGUACAUUAUAACUAAUUUAUAUAGUUAUAAAACAAACCCCAAAAGCUUCAUAAAAUCAUGAAGGUAAAAGCCCUUACUGAGGUAUCAUAUAAACUUCAGAUGUUACCAGGCCUGACUUCAGGAAAAGUCAUUGGUUUUUGAUACAAAUUAUAUAUAAAAUAAUGUGGUACAAAUGACAUUUGAAUUUUACAAUAAUGUGACUACCGUUUGCCCAUCAGUCUUCAUGGGUAUCAGAACUUGGGGCAGCUGGUGCCCUUGCCUGGCUCCCUCUCCCUGGCUGACCUUGAAGCCUCUUCUAGCCAAGGCUGAUAUGGGUGUUGCCUUCUAGCUGCUCAGAGAUGUUGGGGCUGGCUUGGGAUUCAUGAUGGGUCACACACCAUUCUCCCUCAGACCCGAACACCGUGGCCCGGCUCUAAAGGACUCACUGCUGUGUCCUUCCCUGCACAUCAUGUCGUAUUAGAGACUUUUGUAAGGAUGGUGUGUAACCAGAGCACACACCGCACUUUGAGAUGCAGACUUUGUUUUCUACGUCUUGUGAGCUGCUCUGUGCAUACCGGUGAGGCGGCAUUCAUCUCCAUGUCUGUGGGAGUGAUUUAAGGCCUUUGAAAGGAGCUUUGCACCUGAUGCAUUCUGUGAGCUGACUGUCAUAACUAUGUUUAAUAUUAAAGUCAUAAGUGGCAUUUCCUAUGAAUAAA